CUUCUCACUUCUUGGAGUUCAAGCAAAGCCAUUUAAAACAAAAAACAAAACAAAAGAUCAUCCCAAUAAACAAAAAAGAUACCGCAAAAGGAGAGUCUCCAUUGCCUUACCUGUUCUGGGUUCACAUCCAUCAUCCCUACGAGCUGGCCCUUGGCCUUGUCCUGCUUCGACUCGACACUGGCAGUAUAUUCACUCGUGGGGGUUCAGAAAACAUAUCAAGAAUUUCCAACCUAUGAAAGGACAACGGAGAAGUCUCCGCCCUUCUCUUGACAAUGUCUCAACCUCAGACCCCAGUUCCCGAUGAGAUGGGCAAGAAGCUAGCCGAAGCAACAGAGCCGAUUCAGCCGAUACAGGAUGAUGGCCAUCAGAAGAAGGAGCCAAUGCAAGUCACUGCAAGCACCGAGCCCCGCACGUCACAAUGCCCUGCCCCUGCCCAUUUCCAUAUUCCUCAGUUCUCAAAAUCAACCCAAGAGAUCUUGGAUCGCAUGAGGAGCAACUUGCGUCGCUCACCAUCUCAGGCCGCAUCGCAGUCUGCAGCCCAAUCCACCUCGACUCUGCCUGCACGGUUUGGCGUCACCUACGAGGAUGUUAAGCGCCGACUCGUGGAGCAGCUGAAGACGUCUGAUCACGUCGACCCCACGCCAACUCCCAAGCCGGCGACGCUCGCAGAUACCUCCGCGAUGCCCAAGACUCUCCUGAUGCCGAGCAACAGCAGCACCGCUUCUUUUCCUACCCUUAGUCUGAAGCGGAAGAGAGCUGAAGAUGUUCUCCCGUCUUCCACUACGUCACUGGACUUGAGUCAGUCUACCCUUCACAUGCCGCCACUGAGCCCUCUUCCUAAGCAAGAAGAGGGAACGGAGCGUGACUCACCAGCCCCCAUUCUCCACAGCACAUGGGGCCGAGCAGAUGUCGAGCGAAUGCGGGAGGAACGGCUGGCGUUGCUGCCCGAGUUCAACAAACCUCGUCUAGUCGGCUUCGUCGGCGGAAACGCCCCAUUCUCUCAAAGAAAGGCGUACUUUUCAAAACUCAAGGACUCGGACCUCGUCAAUCUCCUCCUAUUCAGUGACGCGAUCAAGGACGGCCUGCUAAUCGAUGUCCUCGCCUCCGUCUCGCGGAAGCAUCCCGACCUACCCCUGUUCCCGCAUCCCGACUGGGAUACCAUGGGUCCCGACGAAUGGGCGGCCCUUUCCCGGAGCGGUCAUUCGGUUACCGGAACAGCAAUGGCUACGAGCGCCCCGCCGGCGAACGCGAACGCUGCCAACACGGCCACGACCACGGCCGAAGCCGCACCGAAGCGGCCUCCCAACAAGAAGCCCAAGAUUUCCGCUAUCCGUAAAGUCCAGGAGUCCGAGGUGGUAGGUCGGGAGGUGGAGGUGGAGGUGGAAGAGGAAGAGCAGGAGGAAGAGGAGAAGCUUAUUGAAGAACCUCUGCCUCAGGCAUGGCCGAAGCCUGGGCAUGGAUUGUACGCGACGCUGCCGCCGGAACGGGAUGACCCGACAUUACGCGAUGAUAACGACGAGGAGGCGUUUAGUGGGUUCUUUGUGGAUCGGAUGGGCAGGCAGGUCGUUGAACCCGUUUCCGGAUAGAGUGGGCAUGGAUCACCCCGAGGAUUACACAAAUGGGCGCGCAAGUCGAGGACGGGGGAUAAAUCGACUGAGGACUACAAGGGAAGGUCGCGAGGGAUGUGUUAGCUGUCAUGCAACCCUAGUGGGAAAGUUGUUCUCUGCUUUUAUCAGCGGCUAUACCCAGGUUAGUUAGUGUAUUGAGACGAUUGCUUAUUCAAACGAAUUCCAGGG